AGUCGCCAUUUUCAAGGGGAUGUCGAACUCCACCCAGGCCUGCACACGACCCCACUCGGCGCCGUCUGAUGCCCUUCCUCACCACCACGCAUCCGACCACGGCGAACAUCCUGAGCACGGCGAUCACCACUUGGUGUGGUGUCCCCGGCAUAAUCACUACUACGACGACAGAAAGGUCGAAUCGUUCGAGGAGAUCGACGACACUGCGGAGCUCUCACCCCUCCGUGACUUCAUUGCAGGGUCAUGCGCCGGUGUAUCAUCCACAGUGGUUGGCCACCCCUUUGACACUGUCAAGGUCCGUCUGCAGAUGAAUUGCCCGUCCGCGCCGUUCAAAGGGCCUAUGGAUUGUGUGAUGCAAACCGUGCAAAAGGAAGGGUUCUGGGGCUUGUACAAAGGAAUGGUGUCACCGAUGACGACCGUCCCGCUCGUAAAUGCCGUCGUGUUCAGCGCGUACGAGCACGCCAAGGCAGUUCUUUUGACCCGUCGCUUGAACGACACGUCGGGUGUCCUCAUGAACCACGAAGCCAUGAUGGCGGGAGCGUGGGCUGGAUUUGUCAACUCAAUUGUCGUCACCCCUGUCGAGUUGGUCAAGUGCCACUUGCAAGCCCAAGGUGAAGCGAUUCACAUGGCAAAAGAUGAAAUCAAAUUCCACGGCACCCUCGAUUGCGUCAAAAAGAUCAUCCAAAUCGAUGGGAUGCGCGGGUUGUGGCGGGGGCACGUGGCCACCAUGGUCCGUGAAGUGCCGAGCUACGUUGGCCAAUUCGGCACUUAUGAACUGCUCCAGCGUGUGUUUUCAGCACAAUUGGAUGGCGAGAAUGACAAAGCCUCGACUGCGACAACGCUUCUGGCUGGUGGGUUUGCCGGUUGUGUGUGCUGGACAGUGAGCUAUCCGCAAGACGUUAUCAAGUCUCGCUUGCAGCUGCAGCCGUUAGGCCAUGCCCCGCUGUUUGCCAAGUCACCGUACAUUCCUGACGGAGGGUUCAUGGCAUGUGCCAAGGCUAUUGUACGUGAGCAAGGAUGGCGGGGCUUGUGGAGAGGGUAUACGCCAUGCCUGCUGCGGGCGUUUCCGUCCAACGCUGCCGGGUUUGCCACGUACGAAAUGGUCAAAUCUGUGUUCUUCAUGGACAAGGAGAACGUGCCAUUGCCAGUGCCGUCGAAAUCCAAAGCAGGCCAAUAAACUCUUCUUCUUUAUGGGUUUGCUCCCCCA